AUGGCAGAAAAUAAGCAACGACGAGGUUCAGAUCGGACUCUUCUCAAUUCUCCGGUCAGUGGCUGUAUCCUCAAACAGUCACUCGCUCACGGCGAGAAUGAAGCUGAAAGCGUAUUCGAAAGGACAGAAUCAGAGGCAGAUCAAGAGUCAGAAAGACCCAAAGAAAUUCAACGGCGACAAUCCCUCGACCUUCGACACCCCGACGACGAGGAACAGAACGCCCCUGAGAACCCUCCUACGCCUGUUGGCCUUUUCCAUUCGUCUCUGCGGCCUGUGUGGAGGCAAGUGAUCAAGAAAUGGCUGGUGACGGUCGUCAUCAUCAUGUGCUUCAUCUUGUGCAUCCUGUCGCUAUACUGGUCGGUGAUCUUCCACGCCGAACGCAACCUCUCGGCCAUCACGGUGGCCGUGGUCGACUUCGACAGCAAUAUAGCUCCUUAUGACUCUGGCGUGGCUCUCGUCGGCCCCGUCGUCGAACAGCUGGCUCGUGAGCAUGCAUUAAAGCGAGGCUCUUUGGGAUAUGUCGUGCACCCACCGUCACAGUACAACGACGACCCGCUUGCCGUUCGCCAGGCAGUAUACGAUGAGCACAUCUGGGCUGCAGUCAUCGUCAAUGCCGAGGCAACAACUCUUCUCCAACGAGCCGUCGCAACGGGAAAUCAAACCUACGACCCUCUUGGCGCAGGCCAUUUCAUCGUCAACUCCGCCCGAGACCAGAAGGCAUACACCGAGUAUAUCAUGCCUCUACUCUCUCAGUUUCAAACGUCUGCGGCAUCAAUAUUCGCCGAACAAUGGAUCCCCAGCAUCCUCAGCAAUUCCAGUCUCUCGUCGACAACGUACUCUCGCUCUCCGCAGGCGCUGAAUCCAGCAAUUGGCUUUUCCACGGUCGACUUGCGUCCGUUCGAGCCCUACCAAGUCACCCCCGCGGUCACGAUCGGCCUCAUCUACCUCAUAAUCAUGGCUUUCUUUAGCUUCUCCUUCUUCCUGCCAGUGUACACGGAAUUUUUGAUUCCUCGAGGCCACCCGUCCGUCCACUUUUGGCAACUCGUCUUGAUCCGCUUGUUCGCCACGACAUGUACCUACUGCUUGAUGUCGCUGUCGUAUUCCCUUGUGAGCCUGGCGUUCCAGAUCCCGUUCUCCUCCAACUCCUCGCCUCAUAGCGAGACGGGAACCGUCAUCCGCCAUGGCGCAUUUGGCAAAGGUACAUUUGUGGUGUACUGGAUGUUGAAUUGGGUGGGCAUGUAUGCAUUAGGGCUGGCGAGUGAGAAUGUGUCUAUGAUUAUUGGACAGCCCUGGACGGCGUUCUGGCUGAUAUUCUGGGUAAUCACCAACGUUUCAACAUCGUUCUACACAAUCUCAUUGGCGCCCAAGUUCUUCCGAUUCGGCUACGUCUGGCCCCUUUACCACAUUGUCAAAGCCACCCGCAUCCUCUUGUUUGACCUCCAUAGCCGCAUCGGCCUCAACUUUGGUGUGUUGUUCGCAUGGUGCGCGAUCAACACAGUCUUGUACCCGUUCUGUUGCGUCUUUAUGCGAUGGAAGUCAGACAAGGACUGUGCUCGAAGGGUGCCACGGAAGACGAUCAAGUAUCUCGUGGAUGGAUAA